CAGUGAAGAAGACCUCUUCGGGGUUCUGCUGUUUCGAGCUUUUGUUUUAAGUUUUUUUCAGCCUUUAUUUUUGUGUUGUUAAACGUGAAUAACUGCAGAAAAAAAUAAGUAAUGUCGCGUCGACUUCGUGCAGUUGAUCAGUUUUGCUGACGGUCAUCAUUUUAACUCUGGCGUGAACAGAUUAUUGUGAAUGAGCUGUAGCACUGAGCGUUGUCAUCAAUAGCAGUCACCACGGCGGGGGAGCCACGAACCUCCAUCUGCAGGGUGGUCAUCUACCUACAAAGGGACAUGUCCAGGAACAGCUGCCUACACCGGCACCAUACUCAGUCCAUCUGUGCCUCUCCAAGCCUGGCCUGUCCCAAGACCUGCAGUUCCAGUGGACCAUUUGGUUUGGGGAACAAGUAUGUGCGACUCAAUGUGGGCGGGAGUUUGUUUUACACCAUGCUACAGGUGCUAACCAGGCAGAACUCCAUGCUGAAAGCCAUGUUCACUGGAAAGAAAGAAGUCUUCACUGACAAAGAAGGUUGGAUCCUGAUUGACCGUAGUGGGAAACACUUUGGCAGCGUCCUAUGCUACCUGCGGGAGGGAACAGUCGCCUUGCCCAAAGGCCGCCAGGCAGUCCUGGAGUUACUGGCUGAGGCAAAGUAUUACCUGAUCCAGGGUCUGGUGGAUCUCUGCCAAAACCAUCUGCAGGUGAGUCAGGAACACGCCCUGUGUGUGAUCCCUGUGGUCACCUCCAUUAAGGAAGAGGAGAGGCUCAUCCAGUCCUGCACGAAGCCUGUGGUGAAACUGGUAUACAACAGAAGCAAUAACAAGUACUCCUACACCAGUAACUCUGAUGACCACCUGCUGAAGAACAUCGAGCUGUUUGACCGUCUGUCUCUGAGCUUCAACGGGCGUGUCCUCUUCAUCAGAGACGUGAUCGGUGAUGAGAUCUGUUGCUGGUCGUUUUACGGUCUGGGCCACAAGUUCGCCGAGGUCUGCUGCACCUCCAUCGUCUAUGCCACCGAGAAGAAGCAGACAAAGGUGGAGUUUCCUGAAGCUCGUAUCUACGAGGAGACCCUGAACGUGCUGCUGUAUGAGACCACGCAGCUGCCCAAUGACUCACUACUGGAGGCCGCGUGUCACGGUGACGCCGGCUGUGGUUUCCACAGCGAGGAGGACGAGGGGUCCGGAGGAGCCGAGCCUCGUGAGUACAUCCGUCAGAUCCAUGUCAAGAGGUACAGCACGUACGAGGAGCGGCCGCUGGGACACUGAGACUGAAUCACCGCAUGUAUUUAACGUUCACCGUCAUGUGAGCCAACAAAUAUCACACCUCCAACAAGUGCUGACCACCUGGUCUUUGUCUUUUUAUUUUUUGACAUAAAAAAAUAGUGAAAGUGAAUCUCCAGAAAACUGUUGACCUGAGAAAACCUGGACUUCUUCUACAGAAGACACGUGGCAGACUGUCUUUGUGUGUCCUACCUACGUGACCUGAAACUGACUCGAGAAGCAGUAAACAAGUCUCCAACCACAGCCGCUGAAACCUGGACCUCCUUCAGUAUUACUGUGGGUGCUUUGGUGGGAUGAAAGAGUGGUGAUAGGAGCAGACUUCAGUGGGCAUGUUGGUGAAGGGAACAGAGGUGAUGAGGAAGUAAUGGGUAGAUAUGGUAUCAAGGAUAGGAAUGGGGAAGGACAG